AGAAAAGCGACAAGAUUUUCAUGCGAGGUGCGAAGGCGUUAUUAAAAUUAAUUCUUAAAUCUAGUUAAACUAAACUUAAAUGCUAAAUUCUUAUACUAAGUGGCUUAUAACUAUACUUAAGGCUAGUUAAAGCCUAACCUAAAACUAAGCGAGUGUAAGAACGGGAAAGCGUGUUCCAGAACAAAGCUCGGAGGAGGUUGAAAAUAGAAAAAGGAUUAGGAGGUUAAAAUAGUAAAAGGAUUACGGAGGAAGCAGGAUUACAAAGGAGUAGGGGUACUAAACGAAGUUUUAAUCGCGUCCAAUAUACGGAUUUAACACUCGGAAACUCCCCUUAUUCCUGAUUGACAUUCGUCAACAAUUUAAAACUUCGUUUAUCCACGUCCGGGAUAACGAUGUCGGAAGGCAGAACCAGUUCCGACGAAUCAAACCAAGGGGUUUGCAAGGUAUGCGAUGGAAGCGAUAACUCACGGAUGGUCCAGUGUGAUAAAUGCGACGACUGGUUCCAUUUCGACUGCGUGGGGGUAAGUCAAGCUGUAGAGAAUCAAGAUUGGCUCUGCUCGGACUGCUAUGGGAAGCAGCAUGCCAAGAACAAGAAAUCUACGAAACCAACUCCCCCAACGGUACCGCCCUGUUUAUCACAAAAGUGUUACAACAUUCUACUUGAUCUGAACAUCACAAGCGAUGGGCACUUGGUGGUACUCCACCGAACGACCUUAGAGAAAGCGAGCAUCAACGAACCCAUCCACAAACUGAAGCUAAGUGCGCUAGAUCAUCUCAACAUUUCCGAGCAUCAUCCUUUAGGGCAACAUUUUCAAUCUGAGACAGUCAUUACGUUCGAAAAAUUGCUGAAGUUGUUGGAAACGAACGAAUUAACAGUGUUCCUGCUAGCAUCACACACCAGUGCAAAGUUGACUGAGCUGCUGCGUGAUGCAAUUGCCAGGAACUCGAUUUUUACUAAGCGUAUCGUUUUUUGCUGCUCAUCUCCGGUAGCUAUCUAUCAGUUACGUCAGCAUUGCCCUGAUCUAGUUUGCGGAUUGUGGAUGGAUAAGUCGACUCUCUCGCGUACCCAACAGUAUUUAAGUGCUUCAACAAUUUUGAUGUCUAUUUACGGUGCCAUCUAUCGCAACAUUGUUGCACCAGUCAUCGGUAUUAGUCUAGUGUUUAUUCAUAAAGAAGAAUUUAACGCGCAAAUAUCAACUCUAUGGCACAACGUCGGUGUUCGCCCGAUAGUUUAUACAAUCAAUUCACCGAACGAAAAACGAUAUUUUCAGCAGGUAACGAAAACGCAGUAUUUGACUGACUCGCUGCGCUCUGAGCCGCAAGUUAUCUUCAGGAUCAAACGCAAAUGAACCCGUUUCUACAAGGAAUACUCUACAGUAGCAGUUCUAGUGAAUCGGUAUCUUCGUACUAUAGCGGUAGCAUUUAUUUAUUCGAAUGUUUCAAUUUGACAGCUUAAAGUGAGAUAAACCUAACCGUUUUCGGUUAGGAACGAUGCUUUUCCUCAAUUCAUUAUAGAUUAGGUCUUAGUUUAAUCUAACCGUGAAUAUGGCCAAGCUUAUAGUUAAUAAGUCUGAAUGAUUUGCUUCUUAUAGUCACUAUGUAGCAAAUUAGAAAUAUUGUGUUUCUUUUACAUUAACAAUGAUUUUGAAACUUGGACACGUAUUUAUUCUAAAGGUAAAAAUUGAGGUAUUUUAUUUUUAUUUACUUUCACUUUGUUCUGUGAGAGUGAGAUGUGUUCCCGUUUUAUACAUUCUGUGAGAGUGAGAUAUAUCCUUUUUAUACAUCACCGUCUUCUAUUUGUACAUAUUAUGUUUUGAUUUUCGUGAAAUAUUUAUUUUUGAUUUUAUUCGCAGAAAAAAAUUAAUUUUUAUUUUCUAAAAUCCUGCAAAUCUAUUCUUCAUAAUACUACUAUUAUAGUGAAGUAAGGCGAAACUAGUUAGAGUCGUUUGUCGUGGUUUUCACGAAUUUUGUUUGGUUAUUAACAUUCACAAGCGAGCAGAUGAAAAAUGUAGACAUCAUAAUUUAAAACUAAAUCACAUUUGUUUUGUAUCAAAAUGCGCAAAAAAGGUAUAAAUAAACACAACAAUAGGCCUCACAA